AAGCUUAUUGGAGGUCUGGUAGAGCAUGCACUCUAUAAAGGUUUGUAAAAAUAAAGCGAGAGUGUGCUGACUAAACUCCUCGUGUCUGUACGGUUCAACAGCAGAGGCUUGCGCACACUUGGAAAUCUCGCGACACUAAAGCGCUGCUGUGUCAACACCCCGCGCCCACAUCCCUCCUCAGCUGACGCCGUCUGCCUGCCGAGAAAUUCCCUCUCCUGCGAUGAGACUAUGAUGAAUGCAGUCUGGGCUGUCGAUUGUGUAAUGGAGUUGAGGUGAGAAUGGCACUUUCUCAGUCAAAAUCGACCAAAAUGGGAAAGUCGAGAUUGUUCCGCAUUUUUAUGAUAGUGGGCGCUGUCUUCAUGAUCCUUCUUAUAAUCAUAUACUGGGAUGAUGUGGGGGCCUCAAAUUUUUACCUGCACACAACUAUCUCUGGGCCCCAACCAUCAUGCCUCUCUCCACAGAGCCGUCGUGACCCAGAAAAGAAAGUAGAGGAAGACAAAGAGGGCUCGUUUUUGACAGACAUUGAUGCUUUUGUCAACCAGUUUUUAGAAGGAACCGCAGACCCCACGGAACAGGUGAGAGGAGAACCGCCCCCUGGAGACCCUCACAAUCAGUCCUCUGAGAAAUCGGAGGAGAAAUUUGUCCCGAGACGAGAGUGGAAGAUUCAUCUGACUCCAAUUGGCCCUGAGAAAAAACAAAGGCAGGAGAGUAGAAAGCAGCUGAUCCAAGAUGUGUGCGGUAACAAAAGUUACUUUGACUUCCCCGGAAAGAACAGGACUUUUGAUGACAUACCCAAUAAAGAAUUGGAUCACCUCAUCGUGGAUGACAGGCAUGGGAUUAUUUACUGUUACGUUCCCAAGGUGGCCUGCACAAACUGGAAGCGCAUCAUGAUCGUGCUGAGCGAGAGCCUGUUAUUGGACGGUGUGCCAUAUCAAGACCCUCUGGAUGUUCCUCAGGAGCUCAUCCAUAACAGUAGCCUGCACUUCACCUUCAACAAGUUCUGGAAGCGCUAUGGAAAGUUCUCACGGCACCUCAUGAAAAUCAAGCUUAAGAAAUACACCAAGUUUUUGUUCGUCAGGGAUCCUUUCGUGCGACUGAUCUCUGCCUAUCGCAACAAAUUCGAACAAGAGAACGAGGACUUCUACAAAAGAUUCGCAGUCGUCAUGUUGAGAAAAUACAGCAAUUACACGGAUCCACCAGCAUCGGUCGUGGACGCUUUCGCUGCUGGGAUUCGACCGUCUUUCUCGAAUUUCGUUCAGUAUUUAUUGGACCCUAACACUGAGAAAGAGAUGCCUUUCAACGAGCACUGGAGACAAAUGUACCGUCUGUGCCAUCCCUGCCAGAUAAAUUAUGAUUUUGUGGGGAAGCUGGAGACCUUGGAUGAGGACGCUGAGCAUUUGUUGCGGAUUCUCCGCGUAGACAAUGUCGUCGAGUUCCCGCAAAGUCAUCACAACCAAACCGUCAGCAGUUGGGAGCAGGACUGGUUCGCCAACUUACCGUUGGAGUCCAGAAAAGAGCUGUACAGGCUGUAUGAAGCCGACUUUAAACUGUUUGGAUAUUCCAAACCAGACAAGCUGGUACAUGAGUGAUACACUGUUCGCCAACUUUACUGAGGUGCUGACAAGAUUUUCACAGCACAAGAAACAGGGCAAUAGGAGUUCCUGCUGCUUGGUUCUUAAUGUGCGGCUCGUUCACGUGAUGCUGUUUAUAAAGGCCCUUUCACAUGACCGGCGUCCAGAUGUUUGGCUAGUUAACAUGGUCCAGUUGGUAGAUACCGUGAUUGAAUCAUCUGCUUCCAAAAAGCAUCUUUCUCCAUUGACAGCUAAAAGUACGGCACCCAAACAUGACAUCAGUAGAAAAAAAUGAAGAAGUUGUUUCCACAACUUAAUUUGUUCCCUCAUUUUAGUUCAAUUGUGGCCAUGUUCUACUAAUUUGUUCCCUUGUUCGAUUGUGGCCACGAUUGAACUAAAUUCAAAUGAGGGAACUAAUUAGUUAGCCACGAUUGAACUAAAACAAGUGAACGAAUUAAUACAUGGCCAUGAUUUAGCUAAAUUAAAAUGAGCGAAUAAUUUAAUACAAAGUGGGUGAAUUAGUACACCAUGGCCGUGAUUUAAAUAAAAUGAGGGAACGAAUGAGUACAACAUGGCCACAAAUUAAUAAGUUGAGGGAACGAUUUUCUUACUUUGUGGCCAUGAUAUCUAUUUUUUUUCUUCCACAUGUCACAUACAUACAAAAGUAUUUGUGAUUCGCAAAUAUUAUAGUGGAUGUUUUAGCAGUGCCUGUUUUGUUUUGUUUUUUCUUCUGAAUUUAUAUUUUGAGGGCUCUUAAAAGCAUAAUAUGGACAUGGUUAUUUAAUUUUUUUUCCUCAGAGCUCAUUAUAAUCACUAGAGAAGGGUUUAAUGCAGUCAGCCAAUCGGCCAUGAUCUUACAGCUCAGGUAAUUGGCCAAAAACACGCUGUAAGUAAAGAUGAUCAAUAAGUCAUGGAAAAAUCAUGAAAAGCAUUGCUGACUUUGACACUGGCACUUUGAAUAGAACAGUGAUAAAUGGUGCAGCAAACUUAAUUUUGGUGUUGCGUUAACGUUUACUCUGUCCUGAGGGUAAUGUUGAGUCAUGUGAAAGAGCCUUUAGGCCCUUGUGGAGCUUGUGGGCAUUGAAAAGUGAAUAUACAUUCCUUGCACACAGGUUAUAUUUCCUCAGUCCAUUUCCCAGUAUCCCAUUAAAUGUGUUACUGUUAUUUGUAUGGACCUCAUGGACAAUUUGAGAGACAUUUUGAUGGUUACCUACGCAAAGAAGCCUGCACAAUUGUCUUUUUUUUAAAAUAUAUAUUCUCAACAGUGUUUUAAAAACAAACUCAUCACCUCAUUAGUAUUAUUCUUAUAAUGUGGAUGGAUGUGAUAAUCCCAGCAAGAGACCUUUGUCCCUCAAUUUUAAGUUGUAUAGUUGUAUGUUUUACCUAAAGAACCACCAAACUAAAAUAUCACAAGACAUUUCAAAAAAGUAUUGUACAUUUAGCAAAU